AAACCAAUGGAAAUGGAGUGUAGGAUGGAGGGCCGAGACUCCACCGGUAGCAGGGGCAGUCUGGCAGAAUAGAUAUUUAGGCAUCCAUGGAGAUGCUGUACCUCUAUAUCCCACUUUUCUUUGUCUUGUAUGUCUUCACAUCGCACUUCCUUCACAAGUUCCGCAAUCUCCCACCAAGUCCCUUCCCCGCUUUGCCCUUGAUCGGCCAUCUCUAUCUCCUUAAGAAACCGCUGCACCGAACCUUAUCCAAAAUUUCGGACCGCCACGGCCCCAUACUCUUCCUUCGAUUCGGUUCCCGGCCUGUACUCCUUGUUUCCUCACCUUCAGCCGCUGAGGAAUGUUUCACCAAGAACGACGUCGUUUUUGCCAACCGCCCUCGCCUGCUCGCCGGCAAACACCUAGGUUACAAUUAUACAACCAUGAGCUGGGCCCCCCACGGCGACCAUUGGCGAAAUCUCCGGCGAAUUUCCUCUUUCGAGAUUCUAUCACCCAAUCGUCUUCAGACGCUUUCCGGCAUUCGCUCCGAUGAAGUCCGAUCUCUGGUUCGCCGGCUUUUUAAGAAUCAAAGUCAGAUGGUGGAAAUGAAAUCUGCGUUCUUCGAGAUGACGCUUAAUGUGAUGAUGAAGAUGAUCGGCGGAAAGCGGUAUUAUGGUGAGAAUAUCGGGGAGGUGGAGGAGGCUAGGAUGUUUCGAGAGAUGGUGUCGGAGACGUUCCAGUUAGCAGGUGCGACGAAUAUGGUAGAUUUCUUACCAAUUUUGGGCUGGCUAGGGUUGAAAGGGACAGAGAGGAGGUUGAUUAAGUUGCAAAAAAGGAGAGAGAGCUUCAUACAGAAUUUGAUAGAAGAGCACAGAAGGAAGGGAAGUAACUGCGAAGGGAGGCAGAAGACGAUGAUUGAAGUUCUAUUAUCGCUGCAAGAGACAGAGCCUGAGUACUAUACAGACGAGAUCAUCAGAGGCCUCAUGCUAUCUAUGUUGACCGGAGGAACAGAUACCUCGGCUGGGACCAUGGAAUGGGCAUUGUCGCUUUUGCUGAACAAUCCAAAAGUCCUUAAGAAGGCACAUCAAGAGAUUGACGACCGCUUGGGACAUGAUCGUCUGAUUGAGGAACUGGACCUAGCCCAGCUUCCUUAUCUCCGAAGCAUCAUUAAGGAGACACUGCGUAUGUAUCCGGCAGGUCCAUUGCUAGUCCCUCAUGAGUCGUCAAAGGAGUGCUCUGUAGGAGGGUUUCGCAUCCCACAAGGCACCAUGCUGCUUGUUAAUCUGUGGGCUAUACAAAGUGACCACAAAAUUUGGGGUGAUCCCACAGAAUUCAGGCCAGAGAGAUUCGAGGGUGUAGAAGGGGAUCGAGAUGGGUUCAAGUUUGUUCCUUUUGGGUCAGGGAGACGAGGUUGUCCAGGGGAGGCCCUAGCCAUCCGCAUAGUUGGGCUGGCCUUGGGUUCUCUCAUUCAGUGCUUUGAUUGGGAGAGGGUUGAUGAGCAGAUGGUGGACAUGACUGAGGGGGGUGGUCUCACUCUGCCUAAGGCUCAGCCUUUACUGGCGAAGUGUCGGCCUCGUCCAACCAUGGUCAACCUCCUUUCCCAACUCUGAAACAAUCAAGCCCCAAGCCCCCACAUGGCUAGUUUCUUAGGCAUUUCUAGAAUGGCCCAGGGAUGCGAGUGUUGUAUGUCUCUACUCUCCAUUAAAUGUUUUCUUGGAAUGUAUGACACUAUUGUUGGAGAUAUGGUAUAUAAGAUAAGAUAUAAGUCGCUUUCCUUAUUUA